CUGCGGGAGAAAGCGACUCAUGCCCCGUCGCUGUACCAGCGCAGUACGAGGCAUCAUACGACAGCGCCAUGAAGAGAUACAACCACACUUGUCCACCUGAGGCCACUGCGUUGAUCGGCGAGAUGACGAACAACGGGGAGAGCCUAGAGGAUAUGUCGGAAAGUGUAGAUGAGCUGCGUGAAAAACUCGCGAACAUGAAGCGAUUGAUGGAGGAGCGCAAAGGCACGACCCUUGGCGAGAUAAGCGAUCGCAAGCGACGCAAACAGAACGCUGAGGUGAUCGACGGCAACUUCCUCUCUUGGAUUUUUGGCACCGUACUUGUUGUUAUUCUCAGUGUCAGCGUCUACGCUUUUUACAACCUCUAUUUCGCAGUGCUGAAAAAGUUCCCAUCCAAGCACACCGAGCUGUAAAAUCAAAUUAUUUUUAUUUGAUUUAAAUCCAAAGCAAACCAAAGUUCAAUAGAUUAUUUCAUUUUUCAACUUGAAAGUUAUAUAGAGCUUGCAAAUUGAUGUAAGCCGAUGGACUAUACCUUUGUCAAUACAUUAACACGUUGUUUCUAUUUUUAAAGACUGUUUUUUUUAUAACUUUAGCGCAGUUUUCUGCAAUACCUAAAAUGUUUUUAAACAUUUAAUUAGUUUAUCAAAGCGUUUGCUGUUGUAGAACUACUCACAGUUGAUUUUUAAUAAAUUCACCUUGCGAAUAAAAUAAUUAUAAAGAUAUGAAGAUGUAUACAUCUCUAAAUUUAUUUAUUUGCUCAAGUAUUAAAUAAUAAUUAUGAUAAUCAAUAAUAAUAUCACGAAACUACGUUUGUUUAUUUUUAAUGUAACUGGCAGUUGCCAUCUCAUAUUUAAUGCACUAAAAUUUCCUAUUGUAUCAGUCUUUAAGUAAACAUUUUUACUUUAAUAGAUACUUUCAUGAACUGUCAAUUAAGUCGUAAUUCAUAAAAGUAAUAUAAGAAUAUUUUGAUUUUCAUUAGCCGGAUAUCUUUACCAAUUUAUAAAUAAAAUUAUUACCAACAUAUGUUAUGCAAAAAGCAAAUGACUAU